UCAUGUGACCGACGAAAAACGGCAAUGGCAGAUCUGGCUAAAGUGUGGCGAAGUAUGCGGAUGUUACACCCACGAAACAUACGAAGUAAAUAACCGAGGUCGGUAAUAAAACGACAGUUGGGGAUUACUGGUGAAGAGUUUUUUUGCGGAAACAUCUGUUUUAGGGUCCAUGCAACACGGUGAAUGUGCACGUGUGACACAGACGCGUGGCAGUACAGUCAGCAUCGGAUUGCCUUCACUUCAGCCGCUUGUAGCGUAACCUAUUUUUUUCGGUUACAAACAUUUUCCGACAUCAAUGAAGGCUGAUGCACCUAACCAGACACCAAAGUGACAUUUUUUCAAAUGAACAUGUCAGCUAAUAAGUGCACAAGCAGCUGUUUGUGAGGCAGUCCAACUUAAAGGAACAAAGGGGUAAACCUCAUGAAUAUUGAAUAGAUUCGGUUGACUAACCCAGUUUUCCAUCGCGCAGCGAGCCGAUUACUGCGGCAGCGAAGGCGAGGACCCAAGGUCUAGACUGGUUUUAUUUUCGAAUACUGUGACAAGCCACUAUGCCACAGAAUCCUAAUCUGCCACUUCUUAAGUGUGACAUUUGUGGCUUUUCCACCAAAAAUCACUUCAUCUUCAGUCGUCAUCGCAUGAGAUGUCUGCGUGUAAAUGGAGGAGUAGAGACAGAUCAGGCUUCUGACAAGUUUGCUGAUACUCAUGCUCUGGAGAAACACUUAGAUCUUAAAGCAGUUCUUACCAGCAGCUCAUCUGAUGGAGAAACAUCAACUUCCAAAUCUGACUUGGCACUGGAAUCAGCUGUUCUUAUUGAUUCCAAGGUGUCAUCCAGAGGCAAAAGCAUUUUAGCUAAUAGCAAGAAAAUGUCUGAAGAAAAAUCAUUUGAUGUAAUAAAUCUCUCUUCAAGUAGUAAAGUUUCUUCUAAGGUUAAAAAUGAAACUCAGUCUAAACAGGUCUUGAGAUUAAAAACAUCAUUGGAAGAACAUAGCUCACAAAAAACAAAAUCCACAGGUGAUAAAGCAAACUUAGAAGACGUUGAAGAUGAUGUCCCAAUAUCAGAACUUAAGAAAUCACUAAAAGAUACAUCAGAAGGUGUAGAAAGAGAAUCAGAACCCAGCGAAUCCUCAACUACCAAUCUUCCUCCACCUAAUGUGAGCCGAAACUAUCGAUGUAACCAGUGCAGUUUUGCCACCACAAAAUCCAAGGUUUACUUGUACCAUCUAAUUGAGCAGCAUAGAGCUCGAAUCAGUGUUUUCCCUUGCAAUUUCUGUGAAUAUGCCUCGCGUUACAAGCACAAGUUAGCUCGUCACGUCACCUUUGCACACAAGCAGCAUGUGGCCAUGAACAAAAUGGUUGCUGAAAAUCUCCAGCCUGGGACUGCUUCAUCAGCCUCCAAAAGAGUGGGAGUGGUCAGUCAUAAACUUGUGAAAAUGAGAAAGACUGCAAGUGGUCUUGGUUCGGGAAAAUCAAGAACGCUUGAUAGUUUUCUUGUCAAACUAAGAGGAAAAGCAAAGAUUACAGAUUCUUCACUUGCUGCUUUUUAUACAGAUUUCUCAAUUCAGCAGAAACAAGAUGGCUCAUCGGAGGUCUUAGGAAACCAAAAUGGAGACCUAUUUAAAUGUAACCUCUGCCUAUUUACAGGCAAAAGUAAAAACCAUGUGAUUAGGCAUAUCUAUGCUUGCCAUAUUAAUGCAAGGCUCUUUAGGUGUAACCUUUGCAACUUUAAAACCUACAGUCAAGCUGAAUUCUACACACAUAAGAAUAAACACUCAACUAAAAAUGCCACAGUGCAUAAGUGCACAGAAUGCUUUUAUGCCACAGAUUUCAAGCCCAACUUUGAGCGGCAUUGUGCCAACCAUGGAUCCAACAGACCCAACAAGUGUUCACUGUGUAACUAUGCAACAGACCAUGAAGGUGCUUUGAAGCGACAUUUAUCAUGCCACCAUGCCAAUACAACUGCGAACGUAUCUAUAGUGUCAGGUGACCAUGAUGCUGAAGAACAUGAAGGAUCUGGAGAGAUAAAGAAAGAACCCGGUGAUCCUGACAUAGAAGAAGGACAAGAUGAGCUUCAGAGUGAUGGAUUCAAAUGCCCCAUUUGUGCCUUGGUGUAUCGCAGGUGUGCAGAUCUGAACAGACAUAUGAAAUCAAAACACAAUGUGAGGCGCAAGGACUUCUAUGAGGAUGAGGAUGAAGAAGACAGUGAAGAGGAAGGACCUGUGGUUUUGAAUGACCAUGAAGGCAUAGCAUUUGAAGACCUUGCUGGUGGGAAUGAUGAUGAUGAUGAAAGCCGACCAUUGUCGGAAUUAUUAGGCAAGCAAAAAGUAAAAAGUUUGAAGUGCUCAUACUGUUCCUACAUUGCAAAAUGGCCAAGUGAUCUGCGACGACACUUAAGGGUUCACUCUGUAGAAAAACGGUUCAAAUGCUCAAUGUGUUGGAAGAAGUACAAGUAUCUGGGUGACCUGAAUGUCCACAUGCGACGAGAUCAUGAGGUGAGCACGUUUAGAACCAAAAUGCGGUGCAGGUUAAUGGACGUUUAUCACAGAAAGAGAAGUGAUCAUUAUUUUUGGUACCCAGAAAGCUGUAGUGUGGCACCAGAAAAAGUGGUGACAAUACCUGUCAAGAAAAGUUCGCCAUCUAUCUUCCGCUGCCCUGCUUGUCCUUUCACCACAAGAUGGAAAGCUCACAUGGAACCCCACUCACAGCUACAUAAAGACCACAAAGCAUAUGAAUGUAAAUUGUGUGACUACCAAACCUACUGGCGUGGAGAUAUGGGGCGCCACCUUUACCGCCAUCAUCCAGAUUUUGUGUCAAAGGAAGUUGAACUUAGUAACUUUUUCAACUUCUACCCAGAUCGUAAAGUGAAAGUCAAUAAAGCUGUUUGCAAGGUCCCAGAAGAGAUUCCUCUACCAGAUAAUAUGGAAUCAACAGAUACCAAGGAUUCCAAGCAAAAUGAGAAUGAAAGCCAGGUUGAUGACAGUGUGUCUGACACAAUGAGUCUGCCAGAUUCUGUUAGCUCAUCUUCAGGAAUCAUUACCAGCAAAGAUGGUGCCAAAAUGUUCCAGUGUGAUCAUUGUGCAUUCACACACAUUGCUCCAUCUAAAAUGCGUGCUCACAUUGAAACCCAUCUGAAUCUAAAACAGUAUAAGUGUCCAGUAUGUGGUCGACGAGCCAACUGGAAAUAUGAUAUUCGCAAACAUAUGAAAGUAGAACAUUCAGAGUGUAAAGAAGAUGUAAUAACCCUGUCUUUGGAAGAAGCCAAGGCUACCAUAAAAGAAUACAUGGACACGAUGCCUAACAUUCGUAGAGAGCAUCACCUCAACCUUACUUCAGAAAAAGAGAUAACUCUCAGAAAGGUCAGAAGGCCUUAUAAAUGCUCUUUGUGUGGAUUUAGGUCACAGUUUCGGUGGAGUGUAAGCAAACACCAACGUACCACUCAUCCUGGUCAAGCAGGGAUCAGUAUUGUGGUGUUAUCAAGAGGGGAAGAUGAUUUAGCAGAUGGAGAAAAAAAAAACCAUGGGCCUAGUCACACGCAUGAGACUCGACAAUCAAAUCAGUCCACAGAGCAGAAACUGCAGCAAGGCGAUGUUGACAUGAAGGAAAUUUUAAAGGCUGGAGUUGAGGAAGAAAAGCGAGACAUGAUGUAUCAGUGUGCAGAAUGCGGCAAGCUGGGUUCAUCAAAGGGAUCAAUCAAAAAGCACUACAACUAUAUCCACCCAACUUGUGAAGUGAGAAUUGUUUAUCUUGGAGAUGGUGUAGAGUUUAACUACUACACUGGGAUGCCUGUUGAUAAAUCACCAAAAAUUUCAAGUCCGCCAUCACCAUCUUUGUCUGAUACUUCUUCAGUAGGAGUGGUAGGAUUACCAGACCCUAAAAUACUUAACAACCCUAAAGAACAUGGCUAUGUCAAACCUUUCAAGUGUUCUGUCUGUGGCCAGCGCUCUAACUGGAAGUGGGAUCUCAAAAAGCACCUACGUGUGAAACAUCCAGGCACUGAUGGAUUUGUAAUAGUGAUGCGCCUUGAUGAAGCUAGGGCUACAUAUAUUAAGUACCAACGUUCGUUUGCAAAGACUGAAAAAUCAGACCCCAUGAACACUGAGUCACCUACCAAAGUCGAAGAGAUUAUUCGAGAAGUAAAUGUUUCCACAUCCACCCCUUCCAGUAAAUUUGGCACUUCCAUGCAGGAUAUGCCCUUCAAAUCUCAGGAGAUGAUGCUUGGGCGGUAUAGGCGCUACAAAUGCUCAAACUGUGGCUACAGGUCAAAUUGGCGUACAGACAUAAUGCGUCACAUUGAACGUCGACACAAGAAUGUUAGUGCAAGAUGUAUCUUCAUGGAUAUAGAAACCGCGAAGGAAACAUUCAUGGAUUAUGACUAUAUUCCUGCCAAUGCAAGUGUAAGGUUUGCGUCUAAAAAGAACCCUCAUCCAUUGCCCACGACAUUCCAGUCAGACAAGUCCCAUCUCAAUGUUGCCAAGAAAGGAGGGCCAGGACACAACAAACUUUGGCAGUGUCAUAAAUGCAGUUUUCGAUCUUCCACGCGAUCUCACAUUGUGCAGCAUAUGCAGGGCCAUGGGUUAAAGCCAUACCACUGUUCCCUGUGUGGUUAUGUUGCUCGGUUUCGCAGUCCUUUGUACAGGCACAUUCGCUCUCAGCACAAAACAUCCAACUACUCGGCUUAUGCUAAAGUUGUUAUCAAGUACUCCAAGCAACCUCACGAACAGAUUGUUCAGCAAGGACCACCUGCAGUUUACAUUGAUGCCUAUCUUUGUCGCCUUUGCAACGAAGAGUCAGACUGCAAGGAUAAGUUGCUGCAACAUUUGCAAACAAAACAUGGCUGUGAGGAUUCUAAUCAGGCACUGAAAGUUAGAAAACGUGUUGGGCUAGAGGAGGGCAACACAAGUAACAACACUAAUAUUGCAGCAGAGAAUGGUAAAGCCCUUUCAAAAAAUGGAAGGGAGAAGCAGUACUUCUGUUCCAUUUGUCCAUACCGGACAGACAAGCGUGGAAUGCUGACUUUCCACCAUACAUAUCACCAACCAAGUGCACAAAAUAAAUACAAGUGUAGGUUUUGUCCAUAUUUUGUGUGCGCUCCUCGUCUCCUGCACCAGCACAUGAGAUGGCAUGCAGAGUAUGUCGAUGCAAAGGCUGCUCAGAAUGACCUGACCAAAGAAACCAGCACCUGGCAGCAAAGUGAGCAAAAUUUGUCCCUGAUUUCUCCCAAGAAGCAAAAAAAAGUAUUGGUGGAGAAUUCAACAAAAAGACACAACUGCGAGAAGUGUCCAUACACAACUAAUAGCAAUAAUGAUUUCAUAUACCAUCAGCAGUUCCACAGGCCCAAAGCCGGUAAUGGAUACAACUGUCAGUACUGUGACUAUUGGGUUGCUCAUCGUAGGCUUUUGAAACAGCACUUACGACUCCAUGAUUGCGAUUCUGUUACUGAUACUGGAGAGGGAAAUUCCAUUGCUUCUUCCCCUGCAAAAUCUUUAGCAUCUGAUGCCAGCUCAGUAUAUGAUGCAGUAGAAUUGGCAGCUCUCAAACAAAAGAUGAUAUCCACAAGAAUAACUGCUAGCCUUUCAACAAGCCCAUCUGUUUCACCAAUGAAAAUUGCAACCCAGUGUUCUAUUGGUAGUCGGCCAGGAUUUGUAUUACGGAAUGGUUCAUACCACAAGCUUCAUCAGUGCCGCAAAUGCCCCUAUACCAACAUAAGAGCUCGCAAUCUUCGCCUGCAUGAAUUAAUGCACGGUUAUCGCAGAUCUGAGCACCCAUUGAUGAAGUGUCCUUACUGUGAUUAUUAUGUUGGAUCAAAAGGUCUGCUUUCACAUCACAUGAAAGUUCACCUUCAUCAGUAUGUUCCUGACCCAACUGACUCCACUACCUUUGAUCUAGAAAAACGAGAGGGUAUAGGAAAUCUCUGGACGGCUGAUGAUAUAGAAGAAGACAUGCCUGUCACAAUAAAUUCUUCUGAUAUUCCACAAAAGCAGAAGGUAGAUACCUUGCUAGAAAUUUCAAGAUUCAAGAAAUACAGUUGUGAAAAGUGUCCUUAUGCAAGCUCAAAGCGAUCUCACUUCACACGGCACAUGGAAUUACAUGGCAGCAGGCAGAGGCACACAUGUGAAUAUUGUGACUAUUCUGUGCCUUCAGCAAGCCUCUUGAGUCAGCAUUACAAAAUUCAUCUCAUGCCUAACCAGAACUUGCUAGCCACACAGACCUUCUCUAACCUCCAGUUCAUGAAGGAAGUUCCAGCUGAUGUGGCAUUAGCCAGUGCUCUGCCACCCACUGAUUCAGCAGAACCAGUGACUAUCAGUGUUGUUCAUGACCAUCUAGAAUUGUAUGAGAAUGAUGAGACUGCCACCAUAGACACAGAGCCUAGGAAGCUGUACCGCUGUGACCGUUGUCCAUAUGCUAAUGUGAGACGAGAUCAUCUGCUUACCCAUAUGCGAUUUCACCUACAUCGCAGCAGUUUCCAUUGUCCAUACUGUGAUUACAGUGCCCCAAAACAGCAGUUGCUGACACAGCACAUCCGUGUUCAUUUCUGCCCCUUGCCAGAGCUCUCAGACUGGCUUGUAGAGAAUGGUCAAGCUGAACGUGCUCAGGAAGCUAGUGAUAUUGAUCUGACUCAGGCCUUGGAGAUAGCAGAAAAAUUUCAGUCUUCACCAAAACGAAAGUUUCAUGAUCUUAAAUCAGUUGGUGAGGAGACACUUUAUGAUUGUUUGCAGGAUAAACAUGCUAGCAAUGAGAGACCAGCAAAAAAGGCCAAGACAUCUACAGAAUUUAAGAAUCCUGACAAUAAUGUUGAAGACAUGCCUCAACCAUCCAGUGGCAGAACUUCAUCUAAUUCAGCUCUUUCGGAUAACACAGAUUUGAAAGAUGAAGCAGGUGCAAAGGCUAGCUCCUCCACAGCACCUGAUAGAACUUCAGAAGACAGUGUGCAAGACAGCAGCGUAUAUAUAUGUCAGUACUGUGAUAGAGAAUUCAUCACUUCCAAGCAGCUUAUCGGUCAUGAAAUGCAACAUCUCAUCGGCAAUCAUUUUGAGCAUUUUACAUAUCUCAAAAAGUUUUCAGAAGGAUCAACCCCAAAAGACAGAUCGCCCCAAGAGACAGCCCAAGCUCAAGAAAAUACUCAGUCUCUAGUCUCCAGUAUGGACAAAGCUGUAUUUCCAACCAAACUGGAAGUAGAGGAGGAUUGUGUAAACCACCUUGGUAUCACUGUAAGGGAUAAUGGGAGCAUUGAUGCUAAUUUACCAGAAGCAGCAGCUGCUAAAGACAACGAUGGGCAAAUUAGUAAGGAUAUCAAGAAAGAGCCGAACGAGAUAAAUGUUGAUUCAGAGUCCAAAGAAAAUACUACCUCUGAAGAGGAUGCUAAGGACAAAGUCAUUGAAAACCAUGAAUAACACACUGUUGAAGAUUUACUCAAUUUAUUUCCUUAGAUGUAGCAAAAAAAGUUACAAAGAAUAUGAGUUUAAUAAGGAGUUAUAAUUUGUUCUUGAUUUAAUGUAAAAUGUUUUUAACCACACUGAAAAGUAUAAUCUGCACAUCUACAUAGAGAGGUGACUUUCUGACUCUUCAUAGUCUCUUUGAGAGGGUGUUAAUUUUUUUUUCUGUAGAAAUGCAUAUAAUAAUCAUAGAAAUAUUUUCUUUAGCUUCAUUGCACAUUAUUUAAAGUUAAUCACCAUGGACCUGUAGUUCUCUAUAAUUUUUAAUCAACACAGUACUUGGAAAACCUUUGGGUAAAAUGUGAAACUCUUUCAUUGAAAUAAACACAUCUCAUCUGUGUUGAUUUGAGAAAGUUAUUUUCCAUUUGAGGUUUAUUGCCUUGAUUUUCUCUCUUGCUGUCAUUUUUUUUGGGGGGGAAGGAGGGGUUUCCACCUUAUGAAGAUUUUAAAAAUUUUUCACUAAUUUCAUUUUUGGUGUAAGAAAUGAAAUAAUGAUCUUUGUUUUAAAAUGGAAAUUUUCACUCUUUGUCUUCUUGUUCAUGUUUUCUUCUGUACAGUUUAUAUUGUUUGAGAAUUUUCAAGCCAAUGCUAUGUCUAUGCAUAAUACUAUGCAAUUUUUGUUUUAAUAUUUUUAAUCUAUCAUUAAUAUAAUUUAUUGUUAAUUUUGUUUCUUUUGAAAGUAACCCUGAUGUAUUUUCUAGUUAAUUGGGUUGUGAUUUUCACUUGUGCCUUGACAGAAUCUUAAGUUCUAUUACUAUAAAAAGUUCGGAAGCCCAUCAUGAUGAAAAUUGGACGUUUUCAUGAUUAUUAUUAGUUGGGGUCGUUGCAGAUAUACACAUUUAUACAGACUUAGAAUGCUUUGUAAUUGUCCUAGUCAACAGCUAAUUUUUUUUUAAGUUGAUAUUUUGCUAUGUUGGGAUGUACAUAGUGAAAGAAAUACAAUUUUCUUUUUUUAAUAAUAUUUGUUUGUUGUAUUUUAUGUUUUGCAGUAUACUUGGAAUCUCCAGUUUGCGAUAGUGGGCAGCCUUAUGCUCACAGCCCACUGAGGCUACAGCAGUCUAAGAAACAAACCAUAAGCUCUAGUGUUGUUACUCUAAUUCUUUAUAUAUGCUACUAUAUGCUAAAUAUUACCUUGAGCUGCAAUACGAUGUAACUCGGAAAGCUCUUCUCAUAAUUUUGUUUAAGGAAUAUCUAUAUAUUUUGCAGAAAUGUUGAUGUGGUCAUGAAGAUAAGCUUCCUCAUUUUAAUGUUAAAUUUGCUAUAAAUAUCAGUAGAGCGUGCUGUCCCUCUAUCUCAAGUUGUCUUUGUUCUUAGAGUAUAAGGAGUUAGAUUUCUGUGCUGUCCAUCAUGUUUAUUUGCUGUGUGCAAUUAGUUGCAUGUAGAGGCCCAAUCUUUUCAGUAUUAUGCAGCAGAUACCUACAUGAUAUGACUCCCAAUAUAUAUUUUUGAGGGAGUGUUAUCAUGUUAUUACCAAAGCAGUAGACAAGUUCUUGAAUUACUAUUCAAUUGUACUUUAAAUAUUAUCCUUGAUUCAUUUUUCGCAGUGGGCUAUGGGAGAAAAACAAGAAAAAUGCAUCUAAUUAAAUUCAGCUUUAAUAUUUAUCACUGUAUUACAAGGAACAGAUGACUAAGGUAAAAUUAACAGUCAUGACAAUUUCCCUUAUAAUCUUGAGUUAAACAUUUGUUUUUGCUGGCAAUCAUUUCGUCAAAAGACAACCAUUUCUUAAUUCAAUCAUUGUGCAGCUUAAUCCAAGCCAGCAGCUUUCUCUUCCUUUUGCAAUUAAACAUGUGUACAUUU